GAUCCAUGUGACAGGCUCUAUUGUUGUCGAGUGAGAAUAAUAAGAAGUGAGAAUGGUGUCGAAGGACCAAGGGGAUAUGGAUGACAUUCGGAAGGAUUCCGAGGAUUCCUGCACAUCAUCCGAGGAAUCCACCGAAGAGAUAGAAGAUCUUUGGGAAAAGCUGGGGAGACCUCGGAACAUCGUGGCCCCAAUGGUCGACGCCAGUGAAUUAGCCUGGCGACUCCUCUCCCGUCGCCACAACUCCCACCUCUGCUACACCCCCAUGUACCACGCCCAAGUUUUCUGCAGAGACUCCAAAUACAGGAAGGAUGCACUCGCAAGCUCUCCCGAGGACCGACCGCUGAUAGUUCAAUUCUGUGGAAACGAUCCCAUUACACUGCUGGAGGCGGCGCAGUUGGCCGAACCGUUUUGCGAUGCAAUCGACAUUAAUAUUGGAUGUCCCCAGGCUAUCGCGAAACGAGGACGUUACGGUGCUUUUUUACAGGACGAUUGGGAACUUCUAGAGAAGAUAGUUAAAACAUUGAGUAGAGAAUUGAAAAUCCCGGUGACCUGUAAACUUCGAGUGUUCUCUGAGAUAGAGAAGACAGUGGCUUAUGCUAAAAUGUUGGAAGCAUCGGGAGCCCGAUUAUUGACGGUUCAUGGGAGAACGAGAGAGCAGAAGGGUCCAAUGACAGGCUUAGCUUCUUGGGAGCACAUAAAAGCAGUUCGUGACUCUGUGAAAAUUCCAGUAUUUGCGAAUGGCAACAUCCAGUGCCUCCAAGACGCUGAGAGAUGCAUUUCAGAAACUGGGGUGCAAGGAGUUAUGUCAGCAGAGGGGAAUUUGUUCAACCCCUUGAUUUUCGAGGGCUGUUAUCCCCCGAGUUGGGAACCAGCUGAAGAGUACCUGAAUCUAGUGGAAAAAUAUCCAGCACCGCCUGCCUUUAUUCGCGGGCACUUGUUCAAAUUAUUCCAGCAUACAUUAUGUUUACCAGAGAAUGGGGAAGAGAGAGCCAACUUGGCGAGUAAUUCGAGUAUGGAGAGCUUUAGAACUGUAGUUAGCAAAUUGAAGGAACGAUAUUCGCCUUAUCACGAGGGGAAGAUCGUUUGGGACUCGAAACAAGAAGACUACAAUCUAGUUCUUCCUCCCUGGCUUUGUCAACCGUACGUCAGAGAUUCCCCUGAGGUUCACGUAAACAAAGUUGAAGCCAGAAGAAAAGAAAUGGAAACUAUAGGGGUGAAACGGGAUUAUAUGGACGAAGAGGGCAACCUCGUCUCUCGGAAGAAGAUGAAGAAGCUGAGGAGAAUGGCCAGGAAACCCCAUCGAGGUCCCAGUGUUAAGAAGGGCUCAGAGCUUUGCACUGCGUGUCCAAAUCCUGUGGGCACAAAGUGCGAAUACAAAAUGUGUCGUCAGUGCUGUAGAAAUAAAUGUUUCAAUGACAACCUAGACUGCCUGGGCCACAGGAAUCUCACGAAGACUCGUAGGAAAAUGGCAGUGGAGUUCAGAAUGCAACGCGGAGAAGAAUACUCCACAGAAAAACUGAUCAAUAACACUGAUUAAUUAAAAGACAAAUGUUAUGUAUUUUUUAAUAAAAUAGUGAAAAUUA